AUGAGUAAUUGCGAAGAUGCUGAUGGCUUUAUCACAACUUUUUAUAAAGAUGAAUCGAAUUUUAAGUGGAUUUACUCAGCAGGUAACUUUCAGACUACUGUCGGAGUGCAAUAUGUAUUUCCAGUUGUAAAUGAUUUAAUGUUUAAGGCUACAUUUAAAAUCAUCGUUGAUCAUCCUAGAAGUUGUGCUGCUUUAUCAAAUAUGCCAGUAAUAAGCAGAAAGAACAUUGAAAAUGAGCCUCAGAUGAUGAGGGCAAAUUUUCGAACUACUCCUGCAAUGCACCCCUAUCUUGUCACAAUUAUAGCGGCCGAUUUGGACACGACUUAUACUAAGAAGGCAUAUAUUCCGCUGUCGUGCACAGGUUUAACAGCAGUAAAACGGUUGCAUUUUGCUUUGGACGUUGCUGAAAAUACCACUAUAUACUUGAAAGAUACAUAUUUCCAAAAUGAUAUAUUGAAUGAUAUACCACAAACGAAUUAUAUAGCAAUUCCAUACUAUCGAGAUGACGGCUUGCCAAAUUGGGGAACCGUUUUUUAUAGUCAAGAAGCUGUUAGCUAUAUUGAAGAAUGGAAUUCUAUUCAGCGCAAGACAGAAGUUUCAGCCUUAGUAGCACGUAAAGUGGCAAAUCAAUUUCUUAAUAAAAUUAUCCUGUCUAGUUGGUCUGACAUAUGGAUAAACGAAGGCCUUUCAACGUUUUUAGGAAUGCAUGCCGUCGACAAGGUUGUCUUCUUCAUAUCGUUCAUUUUAUUGCGCAUGUUAUAUCAUAUAAUUUCUGACGAAGUAUUUCGAAAGGGUAUCUGCAAUUAUUUAAACAAUCAGGUAGAUUAUAUUGAUAAUAUCAGAAAAUUGUAUUCUUGCAAUAUUUCAAUGACAUUGGAAACGCAGCAAUGUUGCUGCAACUUGUGCUGUAUGGGCAAUGUACCUGUUGAAUCAAUAUCUGCCGAUAAUUUAUGGGCCGCUAUGCAAACUGCUCUGAACGAAUCUCACAAAAAUGAAUUUAACAUAAAAAAGCUGAUGGAUUUUUGGAUAACACAAAAUCAAUAUCCUAUAUUGAAAAUGACACGAAAUUAUCGUGAUGGUCGCACGGCAAUAUGGGCAGAAAUGCGCAAUAUGUCUAAACGGCACGAAUGGUGGAUACCUGUGACCUACACUACGGAAACGAAUCUUAAUUUUACUAUUACACCUUUCUGCGAAGACUGGAUAACCCCUGAACAGUUUUUUAUAUAUUUACCACCAAUUAAUGUGAAUAAUUGGAUUAUAGUCAACUUACAACACCUUGGAUAUUAUCGUGUCAUGUACGAUAUGGAAAAUUGGCUAAGACUUGCAAACUAUCUAAAUUCGAAAAAAUAUUAUAAGAUACAUGUUGUAAAUCGUGCACAAAUCAUUGAUGAUGCAUAUUACUUUUUGAUAAUGAAACAACUAAAUUUUGAUAUGUUUAAAAACCUUACAAUGUAUCUAUCGCAAGAAAUAGAUUAUAUAGCAUGGUAUCCUAUGUUUAACAUUGUUAGAAACAUGUUAAAUCACUCAAAUAUAUUUUCACAUCCACAAGCUACACCUUUUAAGGAACAUAUGCGAAAUAUCGUGUCCAAUCUUCUGGAAAAGAUUGGAUACGUCAAUCUAUUUAACGAUAUUCAUAUUACAUCUUUGAGAGAAGAAGCUGCGGAAUGGGCAUGUUUCUUUGGUGAUGAAACUUGUAGAAAAACAGCUUACAGAGAAUUACAAACCUAUAUGACUACCAUUACUGAAGACAGUAAAAUUUUAUUGAAAAAAUGGAUAGCCUGUGGAAGUUUAAUGACAACAAACACUACUAAUACUUGGUAUAAUAUAUAUAAUUUGUACAAUGAACUAACUGAUAUUGUAAUAUUAGAAUAUUUGCCUUGCGUUAAGCAACCAAUUAUAAUCAAGGACUAUUUGAAAAUAAUAAGAUCGAAACGCGAAAUAUCAGUCAAAAAUUACAAUAAUAUUUUUUUUUCUGCUAUUGCAUAUCAUGCAAACAAUGAUGACAUGCUUUCUAUCAUACUUACAAAUUUUGAAGCAGUAAAACCCAAGUAA